AUGAUGCGAAAGGCCGUGAACGGCCGCGCGCUGCGCCGCCUCCUGGAGCGCGCCGCUCCGGCGACCUCAUCCACCGCCGGCUCGAGAGGUUUCGCCUCGACGGCGAGGACGACGGGAGCGAUCGCGGCUCCGCUCGCGCGCCGCGCGCCGCUCGCCUCCCGCGCGCCCGCGCCGCCCCGCGCCGGAUCCCUCCUCCCCGCCGCGUCCCUCGCCUCCAUCGCGCGAUCCGCCAGAUCCGCCUCCACCUUCCUCGCCGAGUACGACGCGCACGUCGCCGAGCGCGCGGCGCAGAACAUCGCGCCCAAGCCCCUCGACGCGAAGCAGGUCGCCGCGCUCUGCGAGCAGCUCGAGUCGCCCCCCGCGGGCGACGAGGCCGUUCUCAUGGACCUCUUCGAGAACCGCGUCCCGCCGGGCGUCGACGAGGCCGCCUACGUCAAGGCAUCGUGGCUCGCGGCGAUCGUGGAGGGCAAAGCGAGAUCGCCCCUCGUGGACGCGGCCAAGGCUGUGCGCAUCUUGGGCACCAUGCAGGGCGGCUACAACAUCGCGCCCCUGGUUCAGGCGCUCGACGACCCGGCGCUCGGACCCCUCGCCGCGGACCAGCUCACCGGCACCCUCCUCGUCUUCGACGCCUUCCACGACGUCGAGGCCAAGGCCAAGGCUGGCAACGAACACGCGACCCGGGUGAUGCGUUCGUGGGCCGACGCCGAGUGGUUCACCCGCCGACCCCCGGUGCCCGAGAAGAUCACCGUGACCGUGUUCAAGGUGACGGGCGAGACCAACACGGACGACCUGUCCCCGGCGCCCGACGCGUGGUCCCGACCGGACAUCCCCCUCCACGCGCUCGCCAUGCUCAAGAACCCGAGGGACGGCAUCCACGACGCGCCGGCGCAGAUUGAGGAGCUCAAGACGAAGGGCUUCCCGCUGGCGUACGUCGGGGACGUCGUCGGCACCGGUUCCAGCCGCAAAUCCGCGACCAACUCCGUGCUCUGGUUCAUGGGCGACGACAUCCCGAACGUCCCGAACAAGCGCACGGGCGGGGUGUGCGUCGGCGGAAAAAUCGCGCCCAUCUUUUUCAACACGAUGGAAGAUUCCGGAGCGCUGCCGCUGGAGAUGGACGUGACCAACAUGAACAUGGGCGACGUCGUCGAGAUUUACCCGUACCAGGGCGUCGCCAAGAGGCACGGCAGCGGCGAGGAGCUCUGCAGGUUCUCGCUCAAGACGGACGUCCUCCUCGACGAGGUGCAGGCGGGCGGGCGCAUCAACCUCAUCAUCGGCCGCGGGCUCACCAGCAGGGCGAGGGAGAGCCUCGGCCUUCCCGCCUCCGACGUCUUCAGGCUCCCGUCCAACCCCCCCGGCUCGGGUUCCAAGGGGUUCACGCUCGCGCAGAAGAUGGUGGGCAAGGCGUGCGGCGUCGACGGCGGCAUCCUCCCCGGCACCUACUGCGAGCCCAAGAUGACCACCGUGGGAUCCCAGGACACCACCGGGCCGAUGACCAGGGACGAGCUGAAAGAUCUCGCGUGCCUCGGCUUCUCGUCCGACCUAGUGAUGCAGUCGUUCUGUCACACCGCGGCGUACCCCAAGCCCGUGGACGUGGUGACGCAUCACACCCUGCCGGAUUUCAUCCGCAACCGCGGCGGCGUGAGCCUCCGACCGGGCGACGGGGUGAUCCACUCGUGGCUCAACAGGAUGCUGCUGCCGGACACUGUCGGCACGGGGGGCGAUUCUCACACGCGCUUCCCCAUCGGAAUCUCGUUCCCGGCGGGCUCCGGCCUCGUCGCCUUCGGCGCGGCGACCGGCGUGAUUCCCCUGGACAUGCCCGAGUCCGUGCUCGUGCGCUUUAAGGGUACGAUGCAGCCCGGCAUCACGCUCCGCGACUUGGUCCACGCGAUCCCUUACUACGCGAUUAAGGAGGGGCACCUCACCGUCGCAAAGCAGGGCAAGAAGAACAUCUUCUCCGGUCGCAUCCUCGAGAUCGAGGGUCUCUCCCACCUCAAGUGUGAGCAAGCCUUCGAGCUCUCCGACGCUUCCGCGGAGAGAUCCGCCGCCGGUUGCACCAUCAAGCUCGACAAGGAGCCCAUCGCGGAGUACCUCCGUUCUAACAUCAUCAUGCUCAAGUGGAUGAUCGACCAGGGCUACGGCGACAGGCGCACCCUCGAGCGUCGCAUCGCGGGCAUGGAGGCUUGGCUCGCGGACCCCAAGCUCCUCGAGGCGGACCCCGACGCCGAAUACGCCGCGGUCAUCGAGAUCGACAUGGAUCAGAUCAAGGAGCCCAUCCUCUGCGCUCCCAACGACCCUGACGACGCCCGGCUCCUCUCCGAGGUGACUGGGGACAAAGUCGACGAGGUCUUCAUCGGCUCGUGCAUGACCAACAUCGGGCACUUCCGCGCCGCGGGCAAGCUGCUGAAGGAGUUCGACGGGCAGCUCCCGACCAGGCUGUGGGUCGCGCCCCCGACGAAGAUGGACGAGGCGCAGCUCACCGCGGAGGGGUACUACUCCGUCUACGGCUCCGUCGGCGCGAGGACCGAGAUGCCGGGCUGCUCUCUCUGCAUGGGCAACCAGGCCAGGGUCGCGGAGAAAUCCACCGUCGUCUCCACGUCCACCAGGAACUUCCCCAACAGGCUCGGCAAGGGCGCGAACGUGUACCUGGCGUCCGCCGAGCUCGCGGCGGUCUCCGCCAUCCUCGGCAGGCUGCCCACGCCCGCCGAGUACCUCGAGUACGCUGGUAAGCUCGACGCCACCGCUUCGGACACCUACAGGUACCUCAACUUUGACGAGCUGCCCCAGUACGUGGAGAGCGCCGAUAAGGUGACGAUGGAGGACGAGGCCUACGCCGGCUUGGGUCCCGCGAUGCGAGAGCAGCUGUUGAAGGUUGCGAGGGAGAAGAAGGCGGCCAAGGCUGCGGCGUGAGCGGCGCGAAGGAGGAGGAAAGGAGGAGGGAGGGUGGGGGAGCACCUUCAUUUUUUUUCCCUGAGGGAGGGGAAUGUUUUCAUCAAAACGUGUUGGAUACGGCGGCGCGUCACACAGGGAGAGAACGUCCAGCGAUGAGACGGGUCUGUGAUUGUAAAAGAAAGUACGGCGUGCCACG